AUGGCAUUCGAAGUACUGCAGAUCACACCCGGUGACGGCAAGACAUACCCCCAGCCAGGCCAGACCGUGUCAAUGCACUAUGUGGGCAAGCUAGAGUCGGGAAAGAAGUUCGAUUCGUCCAUCGACCGCGGGCGGCCGUUUGAAUUCGUUCUUGGUCGCGGUAGCGUGAUCCGGGGGCUUGACGAAGGUGCCCGCAAGAUUUCCCUGGGCGAGAAGGCGGUCAUCAACAUUACUAGUGACUAUGCCUACGGCGAGCGAGGUUUCCCUGGCUUUGUUCCGCCGAACUCGAACCUGAUCUUCGAGGUCGAGAUGCUUGAGUUCAAAUAG